AUGCCGGCCCCGCCGGCCGCACCGCCGGUGCCACCGGCCGCUCCCUGGCGCCGGCACGCUCCGGCGGCGGCCUCCUCCACUCCCAAAACCGUCCUGCUCCUCCUCCCGAUCCUCCUGCUGCUCCUCUUCGUGCUCUCCAAAGCGCCGGAUCUAACUUUCUCCACCACCACCUCCUCCCGCGCCGCCACGGCCGUUGCCUCCUCUUCCAGCCACCUUCCAGGCGACCUCCGCUCCUUUGACUGCUACGCCUCGCCGCAGGCUUUCCCGGUCGUCGCCAACCUUGUGGAAGGCGUGCCCUACCCCUUCCUCUACUCGCUCGCCGACAUGGGCACCCUCCCCGACCACCCCCACAAGAACAUCGCUCGCCUCCUCAAGGGCAAGCGCUUCCGCAAGCCCGACAUCUCCGGGACCAUCCAGGAGCUGCUCGGCGGGGAGGUGGGGAGGGGGGAACCUUCCGGUGGUUUGGUGGUGGACGUGGGGGCCAAUGUCGGCAUGGCAUCAUUCGCGGCCGCCGUGAUGGGGUUCCGGGUGCUGGCAUUCGAGCCCGUGUUCGAGAACCUGCAGCGGAUCUGCGACGGGGUGUACCUCAACCGGGUGCAGGACCGCGUUGUGGUGUAUCACGCGGCAGCUUCUGAUCGAGUUGGGACUAUUACGAUGCACCACGUGAUUGGUCGACUUGACAACAGUGCUAUAUCUGCAAUUGGUGCAAAGUUAGCAUUCAAGUCUAAUGCAGAAAUUGCUGUUGAAGUUUCCACAAUUCCACUGGAUGAAGUUGUUCCAGAUACUGAGAGAGUUCUUAUGAUCAAAGUUGAUGUUCAAGGCUGGGAGUACCACGUACUGAGAGGUGCAUCAAAAUUGCUUUCAAGGAGGAAAGGUGAAGCUCCCUACCUUAUAUAUGAAGAAGAUGAACACCUGCUGCAGGCUAGCAGCAGCAGUGCACAGGAGAUAAGGGCAUUUCUCACUAGUGUUGGUUACAAUCACUGUACAAGGCAUGGAAAUGAUGCUCACUGUACAAAGGAAUAG